AUGGCAGGAGGCCCCCCUAGCAUCAAGGAGGAGAUGGAAACAUCCAUGGCUGAAGAGCUGGUUCCUGAAAGCUAUAUGCAAAGCCAAGAGCACCUGGUGAUAGCAGAAAUGAUGGCACGUGGAUCCCAGUCCCUGGGUACCUCUCAGCGGCGACAAAAGUUGGAUCCAAAGGCUGCUGGCUCUGGUGCACGUCAAGCGGCUUGGAGUAUGACUGCCACCCGGCCCAAGAAAGCGGGGCCCCAGCUGCCAUUGCCCAGAAUGUUGAGAGAACAAGGCCAUGGCAAUGCUCACCCUCAGGAGUAUCCUGGUGGCUUCCAGAACAUGAGGUUCCAUUAUGAGCGUGACCCAGAGGCAGAUAUGGUGGCAGAGAUUGGCUUGGAAGAGCUAAAUGGAUUGGAGAUGGAAGUCAUGAGAAGACAGCUGCACGUGAUCACCGGCCGGCUGCGUGCCCUGGAGGACCAGGGCGCUACCUGGCGCCACAGGGAUGCUCUGUUCUUCACCAUGCUGGUGUCGGCCUGCAUUGCCAACCUGUGGCUGUGGAUGCGCCAGUGA